AUGAGCAACCUUCUGACCCCGCCGGAUCUAGUGUCCAAACGAGCCUACUCUCAAUGGGGAAGCCCAAACACACCAAAGGCCUUCAGUGAUCCAAUGCCCCAUCGAAUCGGAGCCAGGAUUGAGACAGAAAAGGGCAUCCGUCGCUUGAUGAAAGACAAACUGGCCCGAGGCCUUGGCAUCCAAAAAGGUGCUGAAGAAGGACUUGCCGCUCACAGCCUUCAUCAAAGUACAUCACUGUUUCACUGGGAGUAUUUGUCGUACUUGAUGGAACGCCUCAAAGACCAUGGGACACCUGGCUCGGAUCAUGGCCCCAGGCCCACUUCCACACCGAUGAGGAAUCCGCCUCUCCCAUCACCAAGGACGAGAAGGAGUUCGCAUGGCGCCCCCCCCCCUUGUUGGAUCGUGGCACCAGCUACGUAUCGCUAA